AUGGUGAGUUGGAAACAAGCGGCUAAACCAUUCUUAAGCUCCUUCAAACGAUUCACUUCGAUGAGUUCCGUGAAACAAGAAAUGAAUUCGAAGUCCAAACUGCAAUUGUCUUUGAAAACGCCCAAAGGUACCAAAGAUUGGGCCGAGAAGGACAUGAUCGUCCGAGAGGCGAUUUUCUCGACAUUGUCCGGCAUCUUCAAGCGUCAUGGAGGUGUCACGCUCGACACACCUGUGUUCGAGUUGCGGGAAAUUCUUGCGGGCAAAUACGGUGAGGAUUCGAAGCUCAUUUAUAAUUUGGAAGAUCAAGGUGGUGAGUUGUGCUCGCUGAGAUAUGAUUUGACUGUCCCAUUUGCCAGAUUCGUGGCUAUGAACAACAUUCAAAGUAUCAAGAGAUACCACAUUGCCAAAGUGUACAGAAGAGACCAACCUGCCAUGACAAAAGGACGGAUGAGAGAGUUUUACCAGUGCGAUUUCGACAUUGCCGGCACAUACGAGGCAAUGGUGCCAGACGCUGAGAUCUUGGCUAUCACGGUUGAGGGGUUGACGUCGCUUGGGAUCAAGGAUUUCAAGAUUAAACUGAAUCACAGAAAAAUCCUAGAUGGGCUUUUCAAAGUCGCGGGCGUCGCUGACGAUGAUGUUAGAAAGAUUUCUUCCGCGGUCGACAAAUUGGACAAAGUAUCCUGGGAAGCAGUCAAAAAAGAAAUGGUUGUUGAAAAGGGCCAAACAGAAGAGACGGCGGACAAGAUUGGCGAAUACGUUAAGCUCAAGGGAUCUUUGACUGAGGUUUAUGCGGUUCUGAGCCAAGACGCCGACUUGAGUUCCAAUGAACUCGCUAAAGAAGGUUUGAAAGACAUGGAGAUUCUCAUGAAGUACACCAAGAACUUUGGUAUCGACGAAUACAUCUCUUUUGAUCUCUCGUUGGCUAGAGGGCUUGAUUACUACACUGGUCUUAUUUACGAAGCGGUCACUCAAGCUUCUGCCCCACCAUCCAAUGCUAGCGAGCUCAAAAAGAAGUCCAAGAAUGUGGAAGACGCCUCUGAAUACGUUGGUGUAGGCUCAAUUGCCGCCGGUGGCCGCUACGAUAACUUGGUUAACAUGUUUUCAGAAGCCACGGGCAAGAAAUCGGCACAUAUUCCAUGCGUUGGCAUUUCGUUUGGUGUCGAAAGAAUUUUCUCCCUUAUCAAGCAGAGAGCCGACCUUCUCUCUGCCGUGAGACCCGCCUCGACUCAGGUCUUUGUCAUGGCAUUCGGAGGAGGAAAAGACUGGGAAGGGUAUUUGCCAGAAAGAAUGAAGGUUGCCAAUGAGCUUUGGAAGGCUGGGAUCGCGGCAGAAUAUGUUUACAAGAGUAAAGCCAACCCUAGAAAACAGUUUGACGCUGCUGAGAAAGCUCAGUGUCCGAUUGCCGUCAUUUUGGGGAAAGAGGAAUAUCAAGACAAUAAGUUGCGGGUUAAGAGACUUGGUCCUGAAUUUGCUGAUGAUGAUGGUGAGUUGAUCGAAGCUCAAGAUCUCGUUCCUACUGUCCAGAAAAAGCUUCACGAAGUUUACGAAGGUGGUGUGGAUGAAGUUACAAGACUACUUCGCGGCUUGUGA